GUGCAAAAUGGCACCGAAAAAAGUAAGUUUUCCUAAGAUUACGUUAAGUUUGGAUUUACAUGCAUAGAAAACGAUGAGUUACAAUUGUCACAGUGAGUGAUAUGUAUGAAAGUUUUAAGUAAUGAUAGCAUGAGGCACAAUCGCCUUGAAAGGUAUUUGAAGCAACAACAUCCUACUCUGGUUUUGAAGACGAAAGAGUUUUUUUCUUCUAAAGCAGAAUCACUCAAGCGGAUGAGACUGGAUAAAUCGGGAAGUUAUCACACAGCUUCAUUUCAAAUAGCUUUUAUGAUAGCAAAGCAAAAGGAACCUCAUACUAUCAGUGAAGAAUUAAUAAAACCAUGUGUCCUAAAAGCCACGCAGAUAAUUUUAGGAGAAGGUGCGGAGCAAAAAAUGAAGUCUAUUUCUCUUUAACAGUCAACCGUAGAAUCGAUGACAUUGCAGCAGACAUAAAGUCACAAAUAAUUAACAAAGUUA